AUGAAGGUAGCUACCUCGGCGCUGCUCAUAGGAGCUGCAUCCGCCGCCGUUGCACCCCAGCAGCAGCAGCAGAUCCUCAAGUUCCCAGACUCGUUCAGCGAGCUCAAGGCCAACUCAUGGACAAAGCCGCUCAAAAACCUCGAGGAGAGCCUCAAGUCACUGACGGGCGAAGCCCGCGCCAUCUGGGACGAAGUCGCCAUGAUGUACCCCGAGAGCUUUGAAAAGGCCUCCUUCUUCUCGCAGCCCAAGCCACACACCCGCAAGCACGACAGCGAGUGGGACCACGUUGUCAAGGGCGCUGACGUCCAGAGCGUCUGGGUCGAGAACGAGAACGGCGAGAAGGAGCGCGAGAUUGACGGCAAGCUCGAGAACUACAACCUGAGGGUCAAGAAGGUCGACCCGAGUGUCCUUGGUGUCGACAAGGUCAAGCAGUACAGCGGUUACCUUGACGACGAUGAGGAAGACAAGCACUUGUUCUACUGGUUCUUCGAAUCGCGAAACGACCCCAAGAACGACCCCGUAGUGCUUUGGCUCAAUGGCGGACCCGGCUGCUCGUCGCUGACCGGUCUGUUCAUGGAGCUCGGCCCCGCCUCCAUCACGAAGGACCAGAAGAUCAAGCACAAUCCCUAUUCAUGGAACAGCAACGCGUCCGUCAUCUUCCUCGACCAGCCCGUCAAUGUCGGAUACUCAUACUCGAGCGGCCAAGUCAGCAACACUGUCGCCGCGGGCAAGGACAUCUACGCCCUGCUCACUCUCUUCUUCAAGCAGUUCCCCGAGUACGCUGAGCAGAGCUUCCACAUCUCCGGCGAGUCAUACGCAGGACACUACAUUCCCGUCUUUGCCUCUGAGAUUCUGUCCCACAAGAAGCGCAACAUCAACCUUCAGUCCGUCCUCAUCGGCAACGGUCUGACCGAUGGCCUCACCCAGUACGAGUACUACCGCCCCAUGGCUUGUGGUGAGGGUGGCUGGCCCGCCGUCCUCGACGAGAGCCAAUGCCAGUCCAUGGACAACGCCUACCCCCGCUGCGCUAGCCUCAUCGAGAACUGCUACAGCUCCGAGUCGGUCUGGUCUUGCGUCCCUGCCUCCAUCUACUGCAACAACGCCAUGAUUGGCCCUUACCAGCGCACUGGCCAAAACGUCUACGAUGUGCGCAAGCCCUGCGGCGGCAACUCUCUCUGCUAUGACGAGCUCGACUGGAUACAGGGCUACCUCAACAAGAAGGACGUCAUGAAGGCCCUCGGCGCAGAAGUCUCGUCCUACGAAUCCUGCAACUUCGACAUCAACCGCAACUUCCUGCUCCAGGGUGACUGGAUGAAGCCCUUCCACCGCGUCGUUCCUAGUAUUCUUGCCGAGAUCCCCGUCUUGAUCUACGCCGGUGAUGCCGAUUACAUCUGCAACUGGCUCGGUAACAAGGCCUGGGCUGAAGCCCUCGAGUGGCCUGGUCACAAGGACUUCAAGGCCGCCAAGUUGGAGGACUUCAAGAUCGACGGUGAUGGCAAGACAGUUGGUCAAGUCAAGUCCAGUGGCAACUUUACCUUCCUGAAGAUCCAUGCUGGUGGCCACAUGGUGCCGUAUGACCAGCCCGAGGCGUCGCUUGAGAUGCUUAAUAGGUGGUUGGCUGGAGACUUCUGGGCCUAG